AUGCGUCUCAGCUCAGGUAUCGCCGCCUCAUGGCGGCUGUCAUGCAUCGCAUUCGCGACUUUGCUGGUUUCGAGUGUCACAGCCAGCCCCUCGGUUAACGUCGCGCUCCAAGCUUCAUUCGACUCGGGCCCUUAUCUUAUAGAGCUACUAGAAACAGCAGCAGAAGAGAACCCAGCCUCAUACUUCCCAUUACUCGACCGCAUAGCCGAUGGCGCCUUCGACGACUCCGUCUCGGACAAAGAAGUAUACGACCGGUUCCUGCAGGUCGUUGUUGAAGAUGGACAUCUAGCCACACCUGAGAGCCUCUCGUCGUUCAAACUCUCCUUGUCGAUUCGAUCUGCUAGCCCGCGCGUUGCGGCCCACUACCAGUUCUAUAAUACCUCGGUGCAGCACUUGCUUAUGGCGGCCCAGGAUGCUGCUUGUCCAGUUUGGGUUCAUUCGGAUGGGAAACAAUAUUGCUCGUCUACUAUGGAGCGGGCGCAGCAGGAUGUUUAUGGUGAAGCAGAUGGACGGGAAUUGCCCUUUGACCGCGUCUUCGGAGAUAAUUCUCUACCGCCGGCUAUUCUAUAUGCGGAUGUUGCUUCGCCGAUGUUUAAAGAUUUCCAUCACACUUUGAGCUCCAUGGCGAAGGAGGGCGAGGUCUCGUAUCGGGUACGGUAUCGUCCUCCGCAACACUGGAGCUCCCGCCCGUUAUUUGUUUCCGGCUAUGGCGUUGAACUCGCUUUGAAACGGACGGACUAUAUCGUCAUUGACGACCGCGAUGCCGAGCAGCGAGACUCGAACUCGAAGAAUGCCAAGUCCGCCGAAAGUGAGGAAAGCCCUGAUGACUUGAGACCUCUGUCUUCGUCUGAGGUGGCACGACUUGGAUUGAACACAGCACAAUAUGUAGCGGACAGCAAAGACCCCCUUGACACGCUCGUGAAGCUAUCCCAGGACUUUCCCAAAUACUCUUCUAUCAUCGCUGCCCACAAUAGAAGCGACAAGCUCCUGCGCGAGAUCAAGACGAACCGUCUCGAAAUGCUGCCGUCUGGUGCGAACGCGCUGUGGAUAAACGGUGUCCAAAUUGAUCCUCGGCAGAUCGACGCCUUCUUCCUCGUAGACCACCUCCGGCGCGAGAGGAAGCUGAUGGAGAGUUUCCGGAGCCUAGGUCUCACUGCGAAGGAAGCCGUGGAUCUUUUGUCUCAUGACAGCGUUACUGAGUCCGUAGUGCAGGACGUAUCUCAGCGGUAUGAUUACCGCGACGAGAUCGAAGGCGGAGGUGUCGUUAUCUGGCUGAAUGAUUUGGAGAAGGAUGCUAGAUACGAAUCAUGGCCAGGUGACUUAGUAUUGUUCCUUCGACGCACGUAUCCCGGUCAACUUCCCGCAGUCAGCCGCGAUUUGAAUAACAUCGUGUUCCCGCUCGACCUCUCAAACGUUGAGGAUGUGGAUUUGAUCGUGACCACGAUCCAACUCUUCGUGAAGAAGAAGAUUCCCGUUAGAUUUGGUGUUGUCCCUCUCGCAUCCUCAGCAGGUUCAACUGCCCAAUUGAAGGUGGCUCACUACCUGCAAGAGACAUUUGGAUUGUCAAGUCUCAUGACCUACUUAGAAGAGGCAUCGAAGAAAAAUAAACUGGCGACACCGGACAAGGACAGCUUUCUGGCAGCCACCGAAGAUAAAACCCCUAGAGCCGAGAAAGAAGCUCUCUCGCUAGACGAAGUGCUAAGCAACCAAGAUGUAGCGCUCUCGGUCUCUCACACAACCGCAUACCAAGACCGCCUUGGCAUCAAGCCCGAAACUCCCCUUGUCUUCAUCAACGGCAUCCCGAUUGUGCGUGGUGAAAGCUGGCCGCAGGAAAUGAGCGCGAAGGUUGAACAAGAUCUGCGUUUGAUCCAGCGCUCAAUUGUCGACGGCUUGUUUGACGAGGAUACCUGGCUCCCAGGGUUCUUCCUUUCCCAGGCGUUUACCCGUCGCGUUCCGUGGAUCGUCCCCGAGGAUUCUAAGGAUGUUGAGCUUGUGGAUUUGACGAAGAUCGCAGUGCAGUCCGGAGACCUCAUUGGACAGGUUCCUCGCGUUGCAUCGCAGGAUGAACCCCUGGAGAGCGUGCACAUGAUCGUCGUUGGUGAUUUCGGUACCAAGGCCGGACUGAAGACGCUCGUAUCCGCUCUGGGGAUGCAGGAGAAAGAAGCGAAGGCGGAGAUGCUCCUAAUCCAUAACCCUGAGGAUCCAUCGGCAAGCGACACUGCCUCUGCGCUGAUCUACCAUUCCCUGAAAGGAGGGAACGACGUCGAUGUUGCGCGCAUUUUGGCGGAUAUCACAUCCCCUGAGUCGUCGGACGCUGACGCUCAAGCAGCUGUUGAUUUCUGGUCGAAGUUCCAACCUUUGGCUGAGACGUUAGGCUUUUCUCCCGGAACGACCGGUGUUGUCGUCAACGGCCGAGUAGUCAAGCCUACCCAGGAUGUGACCACGGAAGAUCUAAAGCAGCUCCUGGCUUACGAGAAUAACACCCGAAUUGGUCCUGUCGCUAAAGCUGCGAAGGAUCUUCCGUUCGCUUCCAAGCUGUCUGACCCCUUUUCCGUUGCGAAGCUUACUUCGCUUGUGGCUCUUUCGACAGUGUCAGAUGUCCCCGAAGGUCUUUUCGAAGCCGCGUCGGAUGUGCGGGCCAAGUUCUUCAAUGACUGGAGUGGAUCUGGUUCUAUCAUCACUAUUCCUGGACCCGAGGACCCAACAAUCACUAUUGCUGCGUCGAUUGAUCCGACGUCAGAGACAUCUCAAAGGUGGUUACCGAUUCUGAAGGCUCUCUCAGAGCUGGAUGGUGUCAGACUAAACCUCUUUAUGAACCCACGCGAUGAGAACCGAGAGCUCCCGAUUAAGCGGUUCUAUCGCUAUGUUCUGUCCCCGGAGCCAUCGUUUGGCGAUGACGGCUCUGUCCAGCGGCCUGGGGCUACAUUCUCCGGUGUACCCGUUGAAGCACUUCUUACGCUCGGUAUGGAUGUGCCCCCGUACUGGCUCGUUGCACCUCAGGAUUCCGUGCAUGAUCUCGACAACAUCAAGUUGAGCUCGGUGAAAGAAGGGUCGAAUGUGGAUGCGGUCUAUGCAUUGGAACAUAUCCUGAUUGAAGGGCACUCUCGUGAUAUGACCACAAAGUCCCCUCCGAGAGGUGUGCAGCUGGUCCUUGGCACCGAAGAUAACCCAUACUUCGCUGAUACCAUCGUCAUGGCGAACCUCGGCUACUUCCAGUUCAAGGCACAACCUGGUCUGUGGAGUAUCAACCUCAAGCCUGGCCGUAGCGAAAAGAUCUUCAAUUUGGAUAGCUUAGGUCAACUUGGGUACAGCCCCCAAGCCGGCGACGACAGCAAGGAAGUCGCAUUGCUCUCCUUCCAGGGAAAGACCCUGUUCCCGCGUAUGUCUCGAAGGAAGGGACAGGAAGAUGAAGACGUCCUCGAGUCAGGACCUAAGCCUGGUUCGGCUAUGGACUUCAUGUCGAAGGGCUUCAACUUUGCCUCCAACGUCUUAUCCAGUGUCGGUGUCGGCUCAAAGAACAAUGCCGAAGCAAACGCCGACAUCAACAUCUUCUCUGUAGCUAGCGGGCACCUCUACGAGCGCAUGCUUAACAUCAUGAUGAUCUCUGUAAUGCGCAACACGGACAAAACCGUUAAAUUCUGGUUCAUCGAGCAAUUCCUCUCUCCAUCCUUCAAGUCCUUCCUGCCGCAUCUCGCCGCCGAAUACGGCUUCAAAUACGAAAUGGUCACCUACAAAUGGCCACACUGGCUUCGAGCGCAGAAGGAGAAGCAGCGCGAAAUCUGGGGAUACAAGAUCCUCUUCCUGGACGUCCUGUUCCCGCUAUCCCUCGACAAAGUCAUCUUCGUCGACGCAGACCAGAUCGUCCGUACCGACAUGUCAGACCUGGUCAAUUUCGACCUCGAAGGCGCCCCCUACGGCUUCACGCCCAUGUGCGAUUCACGGACCGAAAUGGAAGGGUUCCGCUUCUGGAAGCAGGGGUACUGGAAGUCUUUUCUCCGCGGAUCGCCGUACCACAUCUCCGCACUCUACGUCGUCGAUCUGGUCCAAUUCCGCGCGAUGGCAGCCGGCGACAGACUGAGAGGCCAGUACCAGAUGCUCUCCGCGGAUAAGAACAGUCUGAGUAAUCUGGAUCAGGACCUGCCGAACCACAUGCAGCACCAUAUUCCGAUCAAGAGUCUACCGCAGGAGUGGCUUUGGUGUGAGACUUGGUGUUCGGAUGAGGCGUUGGGACAGGCGAGGACGAUUGAUUUGUGUAAUAACCCGCAGACCAAAGAGCCGAAGUUGGAGAGGGCUAAGAGGCAGGUUCCUGAGUGGACGGUGUAUGACGAGGAGAUUGCCGGAUUGGCGAAGAGGGUUGCUGAUGCUGAUACUGCACGGGUAGAGGAGGUGGGAGCUGAUGAGGCUGAACAUGAGGACACUGCUAGCUGGAAGAAGGAUGAGCUUUAG